GGAUACCGAACAAUGUGUUUCGCGUACCGAGAACUAAAGAAAGAUUUCUAUGACAAUUGGGCGGACAAGUACCAAGCAGCUCUCAAGUGCUCUGAAGAAAGUGUUAGAAAUACGUUGGUUACUGAAAUUGUUGAAACAGUUGAGAAGAAUCUCAAUUUAGUCGGCGUAUCACUUUUAGAAGACAAACUGCAAGAGAAGGUUCCUGAAACAAUAAGAUUUCUAAUAGAAGCGGGGAUUCGUGUGUAUAUUUUAACUGGAGACGUGUAUGAAACUGCAGUUGCAGUUGCUCGUUCUUGUGGCUUUUUUCAAGAAAAGACCGUUUCUCUUCACCUCGCUUUUAAAGAUGAAUCAGCCGUUUUUCCACAAAUCAGAGAGCUUUUACAAGAAGGCACGAAAUUGCGGAAAACAGGAGCGGACAUUCUCUUGGUUAUUAGUGGCGCGGCCUUGCAGCAUGCUGCUAAAACACCCUGCCGAAGGAAACUGCUGAAACUUUUAAUGCUGUGUCGUUCUGUGAUCUGUUACCGUAUGUCCCCCAGGGGAAAAGCAGAUGUUGUCGAGAUGGUUCAGGACAAUGGAAGGAAUGUAGUGUUAGCUAUUGGGGAUGGAGCGAACGAUAUUCCGAUGAUUCAAGCAGCAAAUAUUGGAGUUGGAAUUUGCGGAAACGAAGGUCUGCAGGCAGCAUCUGCUAGUGACUACAGUAUAGGACGAUUUUACUUCCUUAAGAGAUUGCUGUUUAUUCAUGGAGCUUGGAAUUUCCAGCGCACUGCAAAGGCCUGCAACACUAAUAUUUGCUUCUUUCUGACUGAACUAUGGUUUACACAUUUUUCUGCUUUUUCGGGUCGAGCCUUCUAUGAUUCGCUGUCUUUGGCUUUGUUUAAUGCGCUUUUCUCAGCGCUUGAACCGUUCAUGAUAGGAAUACUUUUCAAGCCAUUCUCUGACAAGGAGCUGCUUGAGCAACCUGCGAAGUAUAGAACCUUACAGAGGACGACCUUUACAAACGCCGAGUUUGUGAAAGUCAUUUGCCUGUCAUUGCUCCAUUCGGCGGCACUCUUUUGCUGUUCUUUCUUCUUUUUAUCUAAUUCAGUAGUGUGGAGUAACGGACGCACGGGAGGAUGGCUAAUGUUUGGAAGCUCAUGUUACGCGGUAGUUUGCUGUGAUAACAAUAUCGCUAAAAGCUGUAAUCGAGUGCUGUUCAUGGGCAGUUACAUCCGUCUUUUCAACAGUUAUUACAAUGAUUCUGUGGACGUUGUACCUUUGGUUUGCAAAUAUGCACCACUUUUUGGCGACAUAUGUGGAAUGAGCGGUAUAGUGUUUACAUCUCCAAGCUUUUGGUUCGCUUGUGUUAUCAUCCCUGUUGUGGUCUUAUCUCUGAAAGUUUUGAUUGCGUACCAUUAUACCAUUGUUAUUUUCGCCAAUUUCUGCAAAAUGCAGCAGUUUGCAAAAGUUCUGCUUAAGAACAAUGCAUCGUUACUUAGCCAACUAAACGAUGACGAUUUUGUCGUGCAACGUUAUUUGGCCGACAGCGAUGAAGAAGACGAUGAUGAUUAUGAUGGUCAGGGUAGUGCAGCAGUUUAUGAAAGCGUUAGAAGUGACGUAUCCACAAAGACGCUAAGUAGAUUAAUCUAUUAAAG